AUGACCGGACAUAAGCCUGAUGUGACGCGCCGGCCAAAGGAUACUUACAGAAACAACAAUGGCUUCAUGGACGAGGCUCGUGCCCGUGUUCAAGGCACUACUCGCCUUCCGAAUCUCCAUGCAUCCACUGCAGACUUGGAUGCAUCGAAAGUAGCAGAACAUCAGAGGGCUGUACGCGAUGCGGUAGAGCGGCGUCGGUUUGCAGAGGAUGUGCUCUUACUGAAGGGAUCAUACUUUCCUGGCGUUGCGACCGCUAAGGAGCUCAAUGAGCAGGCCGAGACGGCCACAUAUGUAAAGGAGCGCAUCAAUGACCUCCGGAAACGCCACCUCGAAACCAUGCAAAAGGUUUAUGAAUGGCAAGCCGACGACCAUAAUGCGGAGGCGAGGGACAGGUAUCUUCCCAAGGACGAUGCUGUGACAGAUUCACAGACAGAUGCGUUUUAUCAUUCCUUACACGGGCCCUAUCCACACGAAAAAUCCGUUUUCGAUGAUGCAGUCUCCUCCCUACGUUACGCCCACUUGGAUAACCUCAGCGGUCUGCGGCGUCAGCAUGCAGCGCUAGCAGCUAAGGAGGAAGAAGAGCGUCGCCGACGCGACGCCCAGUUUCCGGCGGACCUGGCGACCUUUCAUGCCAUUCAAAGCAAGGAUACACAGUUACGUAUAGCGAAGUUUCUAACGUCCGAUAAUCAAGGCAAGGAGCGCAUGCUCUCGGAAUACCGAUGGGCCUGGAGGCAGGUCAAGAAUUUGACAGAUGAGUUCAAGACGAAUGAGACAUUCGAGGCCGAGAUUAAGGCGUUAUUGCGAGAGCUCGAAACGCACGACCCUCGUCGCCGACCGACAGGCUCUUGA